AUGGCCAUACCAGGUCAACGCUUCGAAUUGGAUCUCGAGGCCGAUGAUUUCACACUUAAGCCUAUCGACCAAGAUGCAUACCAACCCUCGCACUCUGCAUUCAGCAUCAAAGAAAUCCAAGAGCACGAUUCUGACUCUGUUCCUCCUGCGCCUUCGCUAAAAUCCUCCAAAGCCGGUUUCCCAGAGCACAAACCACGCCGCCACGUGUCUGCUUUCAAACAAAGGAACCAAUCUGGGAAAUUACCCCCUCGUCCCUCGAUCCCUACCACAGUCGAGCCUUCAGAUCAAGCAAUCAGGCAUCAUGUGGGCAAGAAGUAUGGGCUCGACAUGGAUCAGCAGCAGAAGGCCGAGAUCAGUGAGGAAAACAAGAGACGCAUAGCCGAAAUGUCGAUGGAAGACAUCGAAGAGGCUCGGGCUGAGCUGACGCGGAAUCUCAAUCCGGCUUUCCUUGAACGCCUCCUCAAACGUGCAAAUAUCGAUGAAGAUCAAGUAGGCCAAAAGCCUUGGCCUGAGGGGGUUGCCGAAGGUGUAGAUGGCGAUCAGAAGCUCGAGAACGAUGCCGUCGCCGAAAUUGCCACAGAUGAAGAUACUGCUGGCCAUGCAGAGUCCGCCCAUAACUCACCCCCGGGCCCCUUGAUGCAUUUUCCCGUUCCUCCUCGCUCAGCAGGCGACUACGUGCCUCUAGACUCGGCCGACGCCUCCUUCCUCGCCGACCUCAAAACACAUUACUUUCCUGAUACGCCCCAUGACCCUUCCUCGUUGAGCUGGCUCCACGAUCCUACUGAAGAGGAGGAUCAAGCGUCACUGUACAACCCCGAAAACGAGUCAUUUCUGGCAUCUGCCCUCCGGUUUGGAUUUAAUGGCCGCCUAAUACCGCCGAAGGAGAGCUUAGAGGUGGACGUGAAAGAAGGGCUGCACCAUCACGGUGAGGCGCCUAGCAGCGCUGGGUACACUAUACCAGAACUUGCCAUGCUCGCACGGUCUACGUUGCCUAACCAGCGAUGCUUGGCUUAUCAAACGCUAGGUAGGAUCCUGUACAGGCUGGGAAGAGGAGAUUUUGGUGCCAGAGGCAGCGAACUUCAGGAAGCGCUCUGGUCCGUUAUCGAGAAAGAGAGGCCAAUCGAGAGCAUAAUGGCUGAAGCCAACCGUCAGUCUGGACAUGCCAGUGCCAAAGCGCUCGCGGUCGAGGCGCUUUGGCUGUGGCGAAAAGGCGGCGGUGGUGACAGAGGGAUUUUGAAGCCGAGCCAGCGGCUAGCAAAAUGA